AUGUCACUAAUACUCCUCCUGGUAGUGUCCGGCGCCCUCCACCUUGCCGGCGGGGUAUGCCUCCCGCCAUCUCACCCCCCACCUCCACCACCGCCAUCUCCGCCGCCGCCUCCACCGUCGCCUGUGCCUGGUGGGGUCGACUGUCCCCCGCCUUGGCUAUCUCCUCCGCCACCGCCGUCGCCAGUGCCUGGUGGGGUCUACUAUCCCCCGCCCUCACCGCCAUCUCCUCCGCCGGCCCCCGUUCCUGGGGGCAACAACUGCUCUCCCCCAAUGCCAACAUGCUCCGUCGACAUCUUCUCAAUGUCGGCGUGUGUCGACGAGAUCGGCUGUUGCCCGCUCAUUGCGGGCUUGCCCCAGCUGGAGGCCGCCAUCUGUGUGUGUGCUGCCGUAAAGAUUAACGCUUUUAGCCUUAAUCUUUACGUGCACUUGUUGGUCGGCUGCGGGAUGACCCUGCCGGACUGCUUCACUUGCCCGUAG